UCGCGGUGCAUUGUGGGACUUUAUAUAUAAGCACCAUCAUGGCGGUCUCCUACAGCAGAGCGGGUCUCAGUAAGGUCAGUCGGUGUCUUCUGGACUCUGCGGUUCGUGUCCUGGGAUAUGGGGGCACCCACGGGUCCAGGAGGGCUUUCGGUACCGGCGGCAGCGGGUUCCGGUCCGGGCUGCUCUCUCUGCGGGCAGGAGGAGCAGGAGGAGGCGGCAGUGGUAGUCGGUGGCUCCGCUGUGCCUUCCUCCUCGGUGGAGGAGUCGGUCUGUAUCAGACUGUGAAGCUGUCUGUGCGGCAGCAGCAGCGGCGUCUCCUGGCCGCGGAGGAGGACACGAAGACCGCGGUUCCAGGUCCAGGUCUGAAGCUGACCCUGUACCAGUAUAAGACGUGUCCCUUCUGCAGUAAAGUGCGAGCCUUCCUGGACUUCUACGAGCUGCCGUACGAGAUCGUGGAGGUGAACCCAGUGAUGAGGCAGGAGAUCAAGUGGUCGACCUACAGGAAGGUGCCCAUCCUGAUGGUGGACGGCGUGCAACUGAACGACUCGUCCGUCAUCAUCAGCUCCAUCAGGACUCAUCUAAUCAACCAGAACAAAAGCAUGUCUGACAUCAUUUCCUGUUACCCGGAGCUGAAGUCGGUGAGCGACAGCGGGAAGGAAGUGACGGAGUACAGUAACAAAUACUGGCUGAUGCUGAGCGAGGACGAGACGGCCGCCAUUUACCCGGAGAAGGGGACGCAGAAAGAGGAGAUGAAGUGGCGUAAGUGGACGGACGAGUGGCUCGUCCACCUCAUCUCUCCUAACGUGUACAGGACCAGCGGCGAGGCUCUGGCGUCCUUCGACUACAUCGUCCGCGAGGGAAACUUCGGCUCUUUUGAAGGUUUCUUUGCCAAAUACGUGGGCGCGGCGGCCAUGUUUGUCGUCUCCAAGAGGCUGAAGAGACGACACAACCUGCAGGACGACGUCAGGCAGGACCUGUACAAGGCCGUCAACGAGUGGGUGUCGGCCAUCGGCAAGAAGAGGAAGUUCAUGGGCGGAGACUGUCCCAACCUGGCCGACCUGGCCGUGUUCGGCGUCCUCAGAGUGAUGGAAGGUCUGCAGGCGUUUGACGACAUGAUGAACAACACCAAAGUCAAGUGGUGGUACAGACGCAUGGAGCGGGCCACGCUCGGCCACCACUGACCUCUGCUGGUGAACCGCUGCAGCUGCGACAGGAAAGCAUCAGUGAGAUUUUCACAAUAAAAGCACAUGACUGUGUUUCUGAUGCGGUCAUAAGAAAAAUAAGGAGAAUUCUGCAAAAAGGUAAUUUUUGCACAUUUCCAGGAACUGAAAUGUUUUCUGGGAAAAUAAAAAGUGUGUUUUGGUUCUGAAGUUUGAGACGUGAUUGUAUUAAAGUGAAGAUUUGAAACAGCGCUGUUGUAAUUAAAACAAUUAAAAAGGUCUAAUAUGCAAUAAUUAUUAGUCACCGAAGUUUAACAUGCAGGUGAUUGUUUUUAAGGUUGUCACGGCAACAGCCCGAGUCACUUCUCAUCCUGAUUCAUCUAUUGUCGUUCAAACUCUGGAAAUGACUUCUUUGUUUCAUGGAGCAAAGAAACUGAAAAACCACAGAAAACUGAUUGUUAUCAAAAUAAUUGAUGAAUCAUUUAGUCGUUCUUCUCUGACUCUGAGUCACAGGCGUAAACUACACUAAGGAAGGCUGCAUACCAUUUAGCUUCCUGACGUGAGUGGUAACACUUUAGACUUUAAUCUGACGACACAUAAUCCCUGAAGCAAAGACUCGACUCGGCCGUCGUUAAACCUGUGAUUUAAACGCGUGAAGUCGUCUGUGACGACGACAGUUAAACAAACACGAUGAAAACAAACAAACCAACCAAAGUGAUUUUAUGUGAAAUCCAGAUUCAGUCUGAGGACGGAUCCAGGAUCAAUGAGAAGCUGCAGAAAUAAAAAAUGAAAUGAUAAAUCA